CUAAUUUUUUUAUCGGAGAAUAUUUAUUUUUAAUGAGUUUAAUUUAGCCAUUAGUGAGUCCAAAUUAGUACGAAUCAGACACUGCUACCCCCGCUUUAAAUUUCUGUUCACCGAAGUAGCCAGACAGGCCCAGAAACAGAGAGAGAAUCAAGGGAGAGGAAAACGUAAUCAUGGCUCGCUCAACGUUGGUGUCCUCGAUCAUCCUCCUGCUAUGCUGCGCCGCGGCAGCAGCAUCAACUUUCGAGGACUCCAACCCCAUCCAGAUGGUACCUGAUGGCCUCCCUGGCUUCGAGUCCUCUGUUCUUCGUGUCAUUGGUCAUACUCGUCAAGCUAUCUCCUUCGCCCGUUUUGUUUACAAGCAUGGGAAGAGGUACGAGAAUGUGGAGGAGAUGAAGCUACGGUUUCAGAUUUUCAAAGACAAUUUGGAUUUAAUCAGAUCCACCAACAAGAAGGGAUUGCCUUACACUCUCGCUCGUAAUCAGUUUGCUGAUUUGACCUGGGAGGAGUUUCAAAAACACAGGUUGGGAGCUGCUCAAAACUGCUCUGCUACCACCAAGGGCAAUCACCAGCUCACUGAUGUCGUCCUUCCUGAAUCGAAAGACUGGAGGGCAUCCGGCAUAGUCAGCCCGGUCAAAAAUCAGGGCUCCUGUGGAUCCUGCUGGACAUUCAGUACCACUGGAGCGCUUGAGGCAGCUUAUCAUCAGGCAUUUGGAAAAGGAAUCUCUCUUUCUGAGCAGCAGCUUGUGGACUGUGCAGGAGCCUUUAAUAACUUUGGUUGCAGUGGUGGGUUGCCAUCCCAAGCCUUCGAAUACAUCAAAUAUAACGGUGGCCUUGAUACAGAGGAGGCAUACCCUUACACAGCAAAAAAUGGUCAAUGCAAAUUCUCAUCUGAAAAUGUUGGUAUCAAAGUCAUUGACUCUGUCAACAUUACCUUGGGUGCUGAAGAUGAAUUAAAGCAUGCAGUUGCCAUGGUUCGGCCUGUUAGUGUGGCAUUUCAAGUUGUCACUGGUUUCCGUUUUUACAAGAGUGGGGUUUACACGAGUGACACAUGUGGCAGCACUUCCAUGGAUGUGAACCACGCUGUUCUUGCAGUUGGGUACGGAGUUGAAAACGGCAUUCCAUAUUGGCUUGUUAAGAACUCAUGGGGAGAAGAAUGGGGUGACAAUGGCUACUUCAAGAUGGAGAUGGGGAAAAACAUGUGUGGUGUGGCAACAUGUGCAUCAUAUCCUGUUGUUGCUUGAUCUGAUUGAGAAACUGUCUGGAUUAGGUCGUUGCUUUGUGUCAUACAAGCCGUCUAGUUAUGGUAUACAAAUAUUGUAGUUGUCGAUAUCGAAAGGUGAGGGGCCAUGGUCUAGUUGAAAGUGCUGGCUUGAUGUACAAUAAUGUUCAAGACGUAUGAGAUGCAAAUGUGUUGUCCACAAUAAUUGACAUAAUGUAAAAUUUAUCUUUGAAUGAUGCUUGUGUAAUAACUUGCCAACAUUGAAAAUCAAUUUUAGUAUAAGCUAAUAUUUGGCACAAUUUAUCA